ACUCUCACCCACUUUCUCUCUCUACACUUAGACACCUAUACGUAUACAUAUGCCAGGAGAUUUUACGGCUCAGAAUUGCUACGACGUCCUUGUUCACGUCUUAUCUGAUAAAACCCAAUCCCUUUCCUCUAUUUCUUUGUCUCAUCCUCUAUAUAUAUAUAAUAUACAAUAACGCUAUGUAUCAUUAAUUUGGUCUGGCAUCGAGCCCACAUGCCUAGGGUUUAAAAGAUAUCUCUCCAGUAAUUGCGAUUCGGAUUUCUUCAAAUUUGCUUUCGUAAUCCGAUGUGCCUUUUUCGUUUCUCAACAUCAAUUUCAGCUGGUUUUGGGAAUUGGGUUUGGUUUGCCGUUGGGUUGCGUUUGUAAUUUGAAGUGGGUUUUGCCAAAUUUAGAGUCUUGUGAUUGAAAUAGUGGAAAUGGAGAUGGUUGCUGGAGAUAAACCGCUUGUUUUUGCUGAUUUGAUGUUUUGAGGAUUCCAUUUUCUGUAUUGAGUGAGCGAAAAUCGCAUUCUGAUAAGCAGUCACAUGGGAUAAAUCAACUAGUUGGAUUUCAUAUAUAUUUGUGCAAGGCACAUUUUGCAAUACAAAGAAUACAUGGCCAGCUGGAUUUCACUACCUGCAGAGCUAUAUCAAAAGUCAUUUUGUACAAAUACAAAAUAAAUUCUUCAGUCUUAGUAGGAGACUUUUCUCUUCCUUUGGAAAAAGACUUUUCAGUCUAAUACACAGGAAAGGAAGGAGGGAGGGAGAGAGAGAUCCUCCCGUGUAAGAAGCUCAUCAAACUCCGGUAACGUCCUACGUCCUUCUCUGCACCCGUGUUGUGUCGUAUCGACAUAGGUACUCUGUCCUAAACCGAAAGCAUGAUGGGCAUUAAGGAUUGGGUUUUAUCUCAAUUGGUAGCCAAAUCGGUGGUCUCAUCAAGGCCAUUGUCAUCCAGUGGUAGGUUUUCCGACGAGGAACCUCUGAAUGAAGAGCUCAGCAGCCAAGUGCCAGUGGCAGCUGAUGCAUCUCACUCAUCCAUUAUUAAUAAUGAGAGUCAUCAUCAUUACCCCUCACAGCAAGUUGUGGUGGAAAAUUCUUGUCAGUCUCAUUGUAGCACUACUGAUGAGAAGUUGGAUCCGUUGGCAAAGAUUGAGGAUCUCCAAAUUCAGUUCUUGCGUCUUCUUCGACGGCUUGGGCAGUCACAAGACAAUCUUCUGGUGGCAAAGGUCUUAUAUCGGAUACACCUUGCAACUUUGAUACGAGCAGGGGAAUCAGAUCUGAAAAGAGCCAAUCUCAGAAGUGAUAGAGCUAGAAAAAUUGCAGCAGAACAAGAGUCAUCUGGACUACCUGAGUUGGAUUUCUCAUUCAGAGUGCUUGUCUUGGGGAAAACAGGUGUUGGCAAAAGCGCAACCAUAAAUUCUAUUUUUGGUCAAACCAAGGCCGUGACUGAUGCAUUUCAACCCGCCACAGAUCACAUCCAAGAGAUUGUGGGAAUGGUUAAUGGAAUUAAAAUAUCGUUCAUCGACACACCAGGUCUUCUGCCUUCCUCUACAAAUACUUUCAGAAGAAAUCGAAAGAUUUUGUGCUCCGUGAAGAGGUUCAUUAAAAAGUCCCCACCAGAUAUUGUUUUAUAUUUUGAACGGCUUGACCUAAUGAAUGUGGGUUGUAGUGAUUUUCCCCUUUUGAAGCUUAUGACGGAGGUCUUUGGGCUUGCAAUUUGGUUCAACACCAUCCUUGUCAUGACUCAUUCUUUCUCAGCUCUUCCUGAAGCACCCGAUGGGUAUCCUGUCAGCUAUGAAUCUUAUGUGACUCACUGCACAGAUUUGAUGCAGCAUUAUAUUCAACAGGCAGUUUCAGAUUCGAAACUUGAAAACCAGGUACUUUUGGUGGAGAAUCAUCCUCAUUGUAAAACAGAUAUCACGGGUGAGAAAAUUCUUCCAAACGGACAGGUUUGGAAAUCUCAGUUCUUGUUGUUAUGCAUAUGUACUAAAGUUCUGGGCGAUGUUAAUAGGAUUUUGAAAUUACAAGACAGUAUUGAACUGGGGCCAUCAAGUAUUACACGGUUGCCUUCUCUGCCCCAUCUUCUCUCUUCUUUUCUACGGCAUCGCACGAUUUUGGGCCCAAGUGGAGUGGACAUUGAUGCUGAUGAGAUUUCUUUUUCAGACACGGAGGAAGAAGACGAGUAUGACCAAUUACCACCUAUUCGAAUUCUGACAAAAUCUCAGUUUGAGAAAUUGACUAAUUUGCAGAAAAAGGACUAUCUUGAUGAGCUGGAUUACCGGGAGACCUUGUAUAUGAAGAAACAAUUGAAAGAAGAGUCUCGUAGGCAGAGAGAGAACAAGAUUCUCAAAGAUGGGAGUUUGGCUAGUGAUGAUAAUACUGAUAAUCAGGAGCCUCCAGAGGCUGUUCAACUACCGGAUAUGGCAGUCCCUCCAAGUUUUGACGCAGAUUGCCCUGUACAUAGAUUUCGUUGCCUUGUAACAAAUGAUCAGUGGCUUGUGAGACCCGUUCUUGAUCCACAUGGAUGGGAUCAUGAUGUGGGGUUUGAUGGGAUAAACCUGGAGACCUGUAUGGAAAUAAAGCACAAUGUCUUUGCCUGUGUCACAGGACAAAUGAGCAAGGACAAGCAAGAUUUCAGUAUUCAAUCAGAAUGUACCACAGUUUAUGUGGAUCCUCGAGGACCCAUUUAUAGUGUCGGCCUUGAUCUUCAAUCUGCUGCCAAAGAUCUGAUCUAUACUGUUCGCAGCAACGCGAAGCUGAGGUAUUUGAAACACAAUGUCACUGAAUGUGGUGUUUCGGUGACAUCUUUUGGGAAGGAGUAUUAUAUUGGUGCUAAGCUUGAAGACGGUGUCUCAGUUGGGAAUAGACUGAAGUUAUUAAUGAAUGCCGGUUGCAUGGGGGGUCAUGGACAAUUAGCUUAUGGAGGGAGUUUGGAAGCUACUUUAAGGGGUCGGGACUACCCUGUGAGAAAUGAAAGUGUGAGUCUGACAAUGACAGUCCUCUCAGUUAAUAAAGAGACACUGUUGGGUGGAAAUUUUCAGUCUGACUUCCGAUUAAGUCGAGGAACGAGAAUGUCAGUUAGUGCCAAUUUAAACAGCCGGAAAAUGGGUCAGGUUUGUGUAAAGACAAAUAGCUCCGACCAUGUUGAAAUAGCUCUCAUUGCAGUUGUCUCAAUUUGCAGGGCCUUGUUACGGAGAAAGACCACUAGUAUCAGAGAAACCCUUGAGGCGGAAUAAAUUUAAUUGUCUUUCGGUGCUAGGCUUGAUCAGUUUUGAUGGAGAACUUUCAUAGCAGGGCAUUGUAUGAGUAUUCAUCCUAUGCCCAAUAACGAAAUAAAAUGGAUAUGGGGGUUCCAAAGAGUUUCGUAGAUGCCUAAUUGGUCGGUGUUGUUGCUGAAGUAGCAGGCACUCUAGUUUAACUUGUUAUAGUGCCAGUGAACUCAAGAUUCUGAUAGCUGCCUCGCAGUGACCACUGGUUUGUAUCAUGUAUACCAAGGUGAUAAUGUAUAGCAUAUCAUGGGAGAGUAGUUUUGUUUUUUUGUUUUUUGUAUUAGUUAUGUAUGAAAGGUGAGCAAGGAUCAUUCUCCAAGUAAGGGAAAUGUUGUUGAGCUUCAUUUUUGUUUCAUGGCACCGAAUCAUUACCCUGAUGUCUUGUUAUAAAAUGUAUUGUGCCCUGUUUAUUCACUUAUUCUAAUUUGAUUUUGUGAUUGAGAGUCAUGGAA